AUGUCGUUUCCUUUGAAAGAUAAAACGGCUUUGGUGACUGGUGCAUCCAUGGGAAUUGGAGAAGCGGUCGCAACACGACUUGCAAAUGACGGAGCUAACGUUGUAUUACUUUCUCGUAGUAAAGACAAGUUGGACAAGAUUAAAGAGAAGAUUCUGUCAAAAACCCUUUCAACCAGAAUUUCUGUUUUUGCAAUUGACAUUCAAAAUUACAAAGAUGUUGACAAAGCGGUUGAGUUUGCUGUGACUGAAUUUGGAUCAAUCGAUAUUCUCAUUAAUAACGCCGGCCUAGCAUUAGGAGCUCCCGCUGCAUUCUGGGAGCUAUCUAUUGAGCUCAUUGACCAAAUGAACACAACCAAUAUUUCCGGCACAAUGUAUACCACGCACUCUGUCCUCAAUCGAAGUAUGAUUCCCAACAGUAAAGGAACAAUCCUAAACGUUUCAUCAGUAACCGGUCUUGAAACACCUCCAUUCUCGGGAGAAGCAGUGUAUCAUGCCAACAAGGCAUGUAUUGAAGCUUUCAGUAAUAGUCUAAGAAUGGAAACAGCUGGAACCAAUAUACGCGUCAUGGUAAUCCGACCUGGGGUUGUGAAUACACAUUUCCAUCUUCAAAGAGUCAAAUUUGAUCAAAAUGCCAUGGAUGAGUUCACAUCUGGAUAUCCGCCACUUGUUGCGGAGGAUAUUGCGAAUUCUGUGUCUUUCAUGCUUGCGCAACCUGAGAGUACCACAAUUAAAGCUUUGGAUUGUGUUCCAACUGAGAUCUCUGACUGA